CUUUUCCCCAAUUUCACUUCUCUACCGUUCCCACACAGUCGCUUUUGCUCCAUUUCGCCGUUUCUGCUAAACGAAUACCGUUUAUCGUUGUGAUCGGUUAUUCUUGCUCUCUUUUCCGAUCGGGUACUUGAAUUCACAAUGGUCGAUGUAGACCGGAGGAUGACUGGGCUGAAUCCGGCUCACUUAGCCGGACUCCGCCGUCUCUCUGCAAGAGCCGCCGCUUCUUCUCCUUCAACUCCGGUGCCUCCUCGGAAUAGUCUCCUUUCGUUCUCCUCUCUAGCUGAUAAAGUUAUAUCUCACCUCAAGAGCUCUAGUAUCAAGGUCCAAGCCGGGUUGUCCGAUGUGGAGUUCGCUAGAGCUGAAGCUGAGUUUGGGUUUGCUUUUCCACCUGACUUAAAAGCCGUUCUCUCCGCUGGUUUACCCAUCGGACCCGGUUUUCCUGACUGGCGCUCUACUGGUCCGGCCCGGUUUCAGCUUCGCGCUUCUAUUGACUUACCCAUCGCUGCAAUUUCAUUUCAUAUAGCUCGUAAUGCUCUGUGGUCUAAGUCAUGGGGUCCUAGGCCAUGUGACCCAGAAAGGGCAAUUAAAAUAGCAAGAAAUGCACUCAAAAGAGCUCCACUUCUGAUACCAAUUUUCAACCAUUGUUACAUUCCUUGUAAUCCUUGUUUAGCUGGUAACCCAAUUUUCUACGUGGACGAGAAUCGAAUUUUCUGUUGCGGAUUUGAUCUAUCCGACUUCUUUGAUCGUGAAUCAUCUUUGUUCCAAAGUUCAGAUCCUCAGAUUCUCUCAAAGCAACGUUCUUUGAGCGAAAAAUCAGCUGGUUCAUCAUCCACCUUCUCAAGGAGGAGCCUCGAUACGUUCUCCGGUGGUCGGACGCCGCGUUGGGUGGAGUUCUGGAGCGAUGCUGCCGUAGAUCGAAGGCGGAGGAACUCAAAUUCGUCCUCGUCAUGUUCAACCUCACCGGAAAGGUACUUCGAAAUGCCCAAGUCCAAAAUGCCUAAUUGGGUCGACGAGUACGUAGAUAAUAUCGGGUCGGUUUUGAAAGAAGGCGGGUGGGCUGAAUCGGAUGUGAAGGAGAUUGUACAAGUAUCAGCAUCUGGAUUCUUCGAAGGUGAAAUGAUAUUGUUGGAUAAUCAAGCGGUUUUGGAUGCUCUCCUUGUGAAAUCGGAUCGGUUUUCGGAUUCGCUCCGUAAAGCCGGGUGGAGCUCCGAAGAAGUUUCUUACGCACUUGGGUUUGAUUAUCGACCGGAAAAGGAAAAGAAACCGGCUAAGAAGCUGUCACCGGAGUUGGCGGAGAGAAUCGGGAAAUUGGCUGAGUCGGUAACCCGUUCACGGUCAUCAUCAUAGAAUCGGUUUACAGGCUACCGGCAAACAUCGAGAUUCCUUUUUUCAUGUUUUUUUUUAGAUUUUCGAAACCUCGGGUUUGGUACAAUGCCUCUUUUUUGGGUACAAUUGAUAUUCAGAGGCAAAAAAGAAAAAAAAAAGAAAUACGCGUUGAUGUAUUAUUAAAAAGUACAAAGAAAUUGAAAGGUGGAAAAAA